AAACAACUUGCUAAAUUCACCUUGACCAUGUCUACGUCCCCCGAAAACGAUGCUGACGACCUCUUUCAGCAAGAUGGACCCGUGAUCGUCGACGGCGAUCUUCUCGAAGCCAAGAAAGAGAAUAUACAGCCCCUCGCCUCAGGCCGUCGAGCGACCUCCCUUCAAGCAGCUCUCUCCACUCCGCACGCACUUCGAGAGUCCAAGCUUGCAGCGACGCGUAACCGGCUUCGUAUCAACGUCGAAGUUGCCUUGGAAGACGAGGACGACGACCCUCUUGAGGCGUACUGCCGACUCGUGUACUGGACUGUGGAGAAUUACCCGGAGGGUCACAGCGCGGAGUCCGGCCUACUCGAGUUGCUGGAAGAGGCGACCCGCGUCUUGAAGGAUGAUAGACGUGGGACGUGGAGGAGUGAUCUGCGAUACCUGAAGCUGUGGGUGUUGUAUGCCACUUACGUGGAGAAACCUGCCACUAUCUUCAAAUAUCUGAUGGCGAAUGACAUCGGGUCUUCGUUCUCUCUUUUUUACGAAGAAUUUGCUGCCGUGUUGGAAAGGAAUGGGAGGCGAACUGAAGCGGACGAGGUCUAUCUUCUGGGGAUCCACAGACAGGCAUCCCCAAUCGAACGCCUGCAAUCCAAACAUCGCGAAUUCCAGAAGCGAAUGAUGUCUGCUGCUCCUGCGCCCGAAAGUCCUCCGUCGCCCCAGCGACCCACCUCUACAUCUCAGCGCAAAGUCCUAGGUGAUGCUACUACUACCAAAACAUCCGCUCGAUCCUCUCGCACAGGCUCCACGGCAGGCGCUUCUCCUGCGCUGCCUCGAGAAGACACCUUUGGAUCAAGUAUUCCUACGCGACCCCGCCCGAACGCUCGCAUGCAGAUAUUCGUCGAUCCAACAGGUUCGGAGGCUCAAGCGGCUGCUGACUCGUCUGUUACGCCAUGGGAUGACCUCGGCACCCGUAAGGCUCGAGUCAAAGAAAACAUCCCAGAGAUUAGCAAAGCCGCAGGCACUACCUUGAGGCAGCCUGGACGCCACCAACGCCUUGCGUCUGCGUCAAGUGGAUCCCGAAUUCCGGUAUUCCGGGAUCCUCCGGCCGUCGUGGAGGCAGAAGAAAUACCGCCUCCAUCUGCCCCUACGACAAAGAAUAGCAAAGCGCCUUCGCAGACUUUGGCCAAAGCCUCGUUUGUGCCAUUCAGAGACGACGCGGCAGAAUCCCGUCCAUCCACCCCACGUUUUACACCGUUCAGAGAUGAGCCCGUUUCUCCCUCGGGCUCUUCAAAGGAUGGUACCGCUUUAGGGAGCGUCAUGAAGACGAAGAAGGUCGGAGGAAAGGGGCAGGCGAUGAGUUCCGAAGGUGAAGCAUUGAGAAAGGACCCUUUCAAAAAUUAUCCUGCCCCGCCUGUUGAUGAUGAUUGACCACGCCUCGUAAUACCCAGACCCACUCGUUUCUCGACCCCGUCUGCUUGCUAUGAGUACGUUUCUGAGCUACUUGGUGUACAUUAGUGCGAUAAUGCAAGGGCAAAUCUUAUCUUAUCUGCUGCC